AUGUCAGUAUGUAAAUUAUCAUAUUCCUUAUCGUACAACACUUCAUCAUCAUCAUCAUCAUCAUCAUCAUCAUCAUCAUCAUCAUCAUCAUCAUCAUCAUCAUCAUCAUCAUCAUCAUCAUCAUCAUCAUCAUCAUCAUCAUCAUCAUCAUCAUCAUCAUCAUCAUCAUCAUCAUCAUCAUCAUCAUCAUCAUCAUCAUCAUCAUCAUCAUCAUCAUCAUCAUCAUCAUCAUCAUCAUCAUCAUCAUCAUCAUCAUCAUCAUCAUCAUCAUCAUCAUCAUCAUCAUCAUCAUCAUCAUCAUCAUCAUCAUCAUCAUCAUCAUCAUCAUCAUCAUCAUCAUCAUCAUCAUCAUCAUCAUCAUCAUCAUCAUCAUCAUCAUCAUCAUCAUCAUCAUCAUCAUCAUCAUCAUCAUCAUCAUCAUCAUCAUCAUCAUCAUCAUCAUCAUCAUCAUCAUCAUCAUCAUCAUCAUCAUCAUCAUCAUCAUCAUCAUCAUCAUCAUCAUCAUCAUCAUCAUCAUCAUCAUCAUCAUCAUCAUCAUCAUCAUCAUCAUCAUCAUCAUCAUCAUCAUCAUCAUCAUCAUCAUCAUCAUCAUCAUCAUCAUCAUCAUCAUCAUCAUCAUCAUCAUCAUCAUCAUCAUCAUCAUCAUCAUCAUCAUCAUCAUCAUCAUCAUCAUCAUCAUCAUCAUCAUCAUCAUCAUCAUCAUCAUCAUCAUCAUCAUCAUCAUCAUCAUCAUCAUCAUCAUCAUCAUCAUCAUCAUCAUCAUCAUCAUCAUCAUCAUCAUCAUCAUCAUCAUCAUCAUCAUCAUCAUCAUCAUCAUCAUCAUCAUCAUCAUCAUCAUCAUCAUCAUCAUCAUCAUCAUCAUCAUCAUCAUCAUCAUCAUCAUCAUCAUCAUCAUCAUCAUCAUCAUCAUCAUCAUCAUCAUCAUCAUCAUCAUCAUCAUCAUCAUCAUCAUCAUCAUCAUCAUCAUCAUCAUCAUCAUCAUCAUCAUCAUCAUCAUCAUCAUCAUCAUCAUCAUCAUCAUCAUCAUCAUCAUCAUCAUCAUCAUCAUCAUCAUCAUCAUCAUCAUCAUCAUCAUCAUCAUCAUCAUCAUCAUCAUCAUCAUCAUCAUCAUCAUCAUCAUCAUCAUCAUCAUCAUCAUCAUCAUCAUCAUCAUCAUCAUCAUCAUCAUCAUCAUCAUCAUCAUCAUCAUCAUCAUCAUCAUCAUCAUCAUCAUCAUCAUCAUCAUCAUCAUCAUCAUCAUCAUCAUCAUCAUCAUCAUCAUCAUCAUCAUCAUCAUCAUCAUCAUCAUCAUCAUCAUCAUCAUCAUCAUCAUCAUCAUCAUCAUCAUCAUCAUCAUCAUCAUCAUCAUCAUCAUCAUCAUCAUCAUCAUCAUCAUCAUCAUCAUCAUCAUCAUCAUCAUCAUCAUCAUCAUCAUCAUCAUCAUCAUCAUCAUCAUCAUCAUCAUCAUCAUCAUCAUCAUCAUCAUCAUCAUCAUCAUCAUCAUCAUCAUCAUCAUCAUCAUCAUCAUCAUCAUCAUCAUCAUCAUCAUCAUCAUCAUCAUCAUCAUCAUCAUCAUCAUCAUCAUCAUCAUCAUCAUCAUCAUCAUCAUCAUCAUCAUCAUCAUCAUCAUCAUCAUCAUCAUCAUCAUCAUCAUCAUCAUCAUCAUCAUCAUCAUCAUCAUCAUCAUCAUCAUCAUCAUCAUCAUCAUCAUCAUCAUCAUCAUCAUCAUCAUCAUCAUCAUCAUCAUCAUCAUCAUCAUCAUCAUCAUCAUCAUCAUCAUCAUCAUCAUCAUCAUCAUCAUCAUCAUCAUCAUCAUCAUCAUCAUCAUCAUCAUCAUCAUCAUCAUCAUCAUCAUCAUCAUCAUCAUCAUCAUCAUCAUCAUCAUCAUCAUCAUCAUCAUCAUCAUCAUCAUCAUCAUCAUCAUCAUCAUCAUCAUCAUCAUCAUCAUCAUCAUCAUCAUCAUCAUCAUCAUCAUCAUCAUCAUCAUCAUCAUCAUCAUCAUCAUCAUCAUCAUCAUCAUCAUCAUCAUCAUCAUCAUCAUCAUCAUCAUCAUCAUCAUCAUCAUCAUCAUCAUCAUCAUCAUCAUCAUCAUCAUCAUCAUCAUCAUCAUCAUCAUCAUCAUCAUCAUCAUCAUCAUCAUCAUCAUCAUCAUCAUCAUCAUCAUCAUCAUCAUCAUCAUCAUCAUCAUCAUCAUCAUCAUCAUCAUCAUCAUCAUCAUCAUCAUCAUCAUCAUCAUCAUCAUCAUCAUCAUCAUCAUCAUCAUCAUCAUCAUCAUCAUCAUCAUCAUCAUCAUCAUCAUCAUCAUCAUCAUCAUCAUCAUCAUCAUCAUCAUCAUCAUCAUCAUCAUCAUCAUCAUCAUCAUCAUCAUCAUCAUCAUCAUCAUCAUCAUCAUCAUCAUCAUCAUCAUCAUCAUCAUCAUCAUCAUCAUCAUCAUCAUCAUCAUCAUCAUCAUCAUCAUCAUCAUCAUCAUCAUCAUCAUCAUCAUCAUCAUCAUCAUCAUCAUCAUCAUCAUCAUCAUCAUCAUCAUCAUCAUCAUCAUCAUCAUCAUCAUCAUCAUCAUCAUCAUCAUCAUCAUCAUCAUCAUCAUCAUCAUCAUCAUCAUCAUCAUCAUCAUCAUCAUCAUCAUCAUCAUCAUCAUCAUCAUCAUCAUCAUCAUCAUCAUCAUCAUCAUCAUCAUCAUCAUCAUCAUCAUCAUCAUCAUCAUCAUCAUCAUCAUCAUCAUCAUCAUCAUCAUCAUCAUCAUCAUCAUCAUCAUCAUCAUCAUCAUCAUCAUCAUCAUCAUCAUCAUCAUCAUCAUCAUCAUCAUCAUCAUCAUCAUCAUCAUCAUCAUCAUCAUCAUCAUCAUCAUCAUCAUCAUCAUCAUCAUCAUCAUCAUCAUCAUCAUCAUCAUCAUCAUCAUCAUCAUCAUCAUCAUCAUCAUCAUCAUCAUCAUCAUCAUCAUCAUCAUCAUCAUCAUCAUCAUCAUCAUCAUCAUCAUCAUCAUCAUCAUCAUCAUCAUCAUCAUCAUCAUCAUCAUCAUCAUCAUCAUCAUCAUCAUCAUCAUCAUCAUCAUCAUCAUCAUCAUCAUCAUCAUCAUCAUCAUCAUCAUCAUCAUCAUCAUCAUCAUCAUCAUCAUCAUCAUCAUCAUCAUCAUCAUCAUCAUCAUCAUCAUCAUCAUCAUCAUCAUCAUCAUCAUCAUCAUCAUCAUCAUCAUCAUCAUCAUCAUCAUCAUCAUCAUCAUCAUCAUCAUCAUCAUCAUCAUCAUCAUCAUCAUCAUCAUCAUCAUCAUCAUCAUCAUCAUCAUCAUCAUCAUCAUCAUCAUCAUCAUCAUCAUCAUCAUCAUCAUCAUCAUCAUCAUCAUCAUCAUCAUCAUCAUCAUCAUCAUCAUCAUCAUCAUCAUCAUCAUCAUCAUCAUCAUCAUCAUCAUCAUCAUCAUCAUCAUCAUCAUCAUCAUCAUCAUCAUCAUCAUCAUCAUCAUCAUCAUCAUCAUCAUCAUCAUCAUCAUCAUCAUCAUCAUCAUCAUCAUCAUCAUCAUCAUCAUCAUCAUCAUCAUCAUCAUCAUCAUCAUCAUCAUCAUCAUCAUCAUCAUCAUCAUCAUCAUCAUCAUCAUCAUCAUCAUCAUCAUCAUCAUCAUCAUCAUCAUCAUCAUCAUCAUCAUCAUCAUCAUCAUCAUCAUCAUCAUCAUCAUCAUCAUCAUCAUCAUCAUCAUCAUCAUCAUCAUCAUCAUCAUCAUCAUCAUCAUCAUCAUCAUCAUCAUCAUCAUCAUCAUCAUCAUCAUCAUCAUCAUCAUCAUCAUCAUCAUCAUCAUCAUCAUCAUCAUCAUCAUCAUCAUCAUCAUCAUCAUCAUCAUCAUCAUCAUCAUCAUCAUCAUCAUCAUCAUCAUCAUCAUCAUCAUCAUCAUCAUCAUCAUCAUCAUCAUCAUCAUCAUCAUCAUCAUCAUCAUCAUCAUCAUCAUCAUCAUCAUCAUCAUCAUCAUCAUCAUCAUCAUCAUCAUCAUCAUCAUCAUCAUCAUCAUCAUCAUCAUCAUCAUCAUCAUCAUCAUCAUCAUCAUCAUCAUCAUCAUCAUCAUCAUCAUCAUCAUCAUCAUCAUCAUCAUCAUCAUCAUCAUCAUCAUCAUCAUCAUCAUCAUCAUCAUCAUCAUCAUCAUCAUCAUCAUCAUCAUCAUCAUCAUCAUCAUCAUCAUCAUCAUCAUCAUCAUCAUCAUCAUCAUCAUCAUCAUCAUCAUCAUCAUCAUCAUCAUCAUCAUCAUCAUCAUCAUCAUCAUCAUCAUCAUCAUCAUCAUCAUCAUCAUCAUCAUCAUCAUCAUCAUCAUCAUCAUCAUCAUCAUCAUCAUCAUCAUCAUCAUCAUCAUCAUCAUCAUCAUCAUCAUCAUCAUCAUCAUCAUCAUCAUCAUCAUCAUCAUCAUCAUCAUCAUCAUCAUCAUCAUCAUCAUCAUCAUCAUCAUCAUCAUCAUCAUCAUCAUCAUCAUCAUCAUCAUCAUCAUCAUCAUCCUACACUAAUUUAACAUCAAAACCAUUUUCAUGUUCAAUAUGUCAUCGAGGCUUUUGUCAAUCACGUUCAUUAGAAAAUCAUAAACGUUCAAACCAUCCAAUUAAAAAAGAUGAAACCGGUACAAAAUUCAAUGAUAAUCAUUCGACUAGAUUGAUUUAUACAACAGCUAAUAUUAUUCCUAUAAAUGACAUGAAUACUACUACUACUACUACUACUACUAAUAAUAAUAAUAAUAAUAAUAAUAGUAGUAGUAGUAGUAGUACUAGUACUAAUAUGAAUAUCUUUACUACAAAUUGUGACGUGAUCAACAUAAUAAGAAAUAAUAAGACGGUAUAAAUACAAUUUAAAUAAUGUAUUCAACAAUUGUUUUCAUGGUUAAUAUUUUGGUUUGUUUUGUUUUAAUGAAUGAACAAAAUGAAAAGAAAAAUAUUUUAUUCACUUUCUAAUGAGUGAUUCAUGUGUUAUUUAAUUCAUUUUCAUUUUGAUUUAUUUUUCAUUUCGUUUAAAGAAAUAAAUAUAUUUUAUAA